AUGGCAGGACAGGCUGUGGGUUCACAGACAGCUUCUUUGGCCGUGGCUGGACUGGCAGAGAGUUCAAAGGCAGACGCCGCUUUGGGAGGUUCUGCAGCACAAGCCGCCACCUCAGGAGGAGCUGGAGUGGACGCCGCCUCUUCGGGAGGUUCUGCAGCAGAUGCCAUCACCUCGGGAGGAGCUGGACUCACUAGAGUCAUUGGAACAGAAAACGGCACUCCAGGCCAUGACGAUGGAACUGGAGUCAUUGGAACAGGGAACGGCACUCAUGGCCGUGACGAGGGAACUGGAGCGGACUCAAUGACUGGUGCGGGCUCUGGAGCUGAUUCAAGGACUGGAGCAGUCUCGGAAGUGGAUUCAAGGACUGGUGAAGGCUCGGAACUGGAUUCGGGGACUGGAAUGGACACCACCACCUCUGGAAACACGGCAGCGGGUGCCACCACUUCAGGAGAUUUCGCAGCGGAUGCCACUGCCUCUGGGGUUUCAGCAAUGCUGUAUGCAACCCAGACACACCAUAAAGCGAUCCCCAUAAUGGGAAGCGCUGCAGACACGGAAAUCACUUCUGGGAAAGAAGGGCUUGAGAGCUUAGGGAUACCAGCUACGCAUGCUGACACCAGCAGUUCUCCACGCUUGAUGCCAGUCUGGGAUACUUAG